AUGGCUCCAAUGCAAGAAUCUAAAGGAAAAUGGGAUGAUAUCCCUAACCCAUGUUUAAUGGUCUGUGCUGAUAGAACCGUUAAAAUGAGUGAAGCUCCAAUUCAACCUUUAAAACCUAAUCAAGUUAGAUUACAAGUUAAAUGUACCGGUAUUUGUGGAUCUGAUAUCCAUUUAUGGAAAAAGGGAGGUAUUGGUGAAUUAGUUGUUACUGAAGAUUUAAUUAUUGGACACGAAGCUUCAGGUCAAAUCUUAGAAGUUGGUUCUCAAGUUAGAAAAAAUGUUAAAGUUGGUGAUAGAGUUGCUAUUGAACCUCAAGUUCCUUGUAUGGACUGUUACUUAUGUAUGAAUGGUAACUAUAAUUUAUGUCAAAAUGUUGAUUUCUUAGGUAUGCCACCAACUGCUGGUUCGAUUCAAAGAUUUUUAAACAUUGACGCUAAAUUUGUUCAUAUCUUACCAGAAAAUGUUAGUUAUGAAGAAGGAGCUUUAGCUGAAGUUUUAUCUGUCGGUUAUCAUGGUAUUGAAAAAGCCGAUGGGUUACCUUUAGGUAAGCCAUGUAUGAUCGCUGGAUGUGGUCCAAUUGGUUUAGGAACUUUGCUUUUAGCUGACAUUGCUGGUGCUUAUCCGAUCGUCGUUACUGAUGUUAAUCAAGAACGUUUGGACUAUGCUAAAAAAUUGGUUCCAGGUAUUUUCACCUAUAAAAUUGAAUCUAACUUAACCACUCACGAAAAUGCUGCUGCUAUUAGAAAAGUGUUUGGUGAAACUGAAUAUGAAAUGCCUCCAACCGUUUUAGAAUGUACUGGUGUUGCUUCUUCUAUUAACACUUGUGGUUACGUUGUCAGAAGAAAUGGUAAAUUAGUCAUUGUUGGUGUUUCUUCAUCUAAUGAAAUCGAUGGAUUCCCCUUCAUGCCAUUAUCUUUUGGUGAAGUGGAUGUUAAAUUUGUUAAUCGUUACCAUGAUUCAUGGCCACCAAUCAUUAAUUUGAUUCAAAGUGGUAAAUUGAAGAAAAUUAAUGAAUUUAUCACUCAUUCUGUGAAAUUAGAAGAUGCUAUCAAAGCACCAGAAAUCGUUUUCGAUCCAAAAAUUCCAAGUAUGAAAGUAUUCGUCAAAGACGAAUUAGAUUUAUUAAAUUAA